GCACGCUGGGGCAUGUAGUCCUCGUAGUUCCUUUCCCUAGGUCCUCCGCGCUACCUUGUGCGGUCCCGCCUAUUCUCUGCUCUUCUGAAUCUUAACACAUGUCUCGCCCUAUUUGAAGACCAGGAAGUUGAUAAAUCCUAAGACCGGCUGCGGAGAGACGGUGGCUCGGUUGGGACAGUCGCCAGGGAUGGCGGAGCGUGAGGAUGGAGCGGGUGUCCGGGCUGCUCUCCUGGACGCUGAGCAGGGUCCUGUGGUUCUCAGGCCUCUCUGAGCAGGGAGCUGCUCGGCAGCCCCGGAUCAUGGAAGAGAAAGCGCUAGAGGUUUAUGAUUUGAUCCGAACUAUCCGGGACCCGGAAAAGCCAAAUACGUUGGAAGAACUGGAAGUGGUAAGGGAGAGUUGUGUGGAGGUUCAGGAGAUAAAUGAAGACGACUAUUUGGUCAUCAUCAGGUUCACACCAACAGUACCUCAUUGCUCUUUGGCAACUCUUAUUGGGCUAUGCUUAAGAGUGAAACUUCAACGAUGUUUGCCAUUUAAACACAAGUUGGAAAUUUACAUUUCCGAAGGAACCCACUCAACAGAAGAGGACAUCAACAAGCAGAUCAAUGACAAGGAGCGAGUGGCGGCCGCCAUGGAGAACCCCAGCCUGCGCGAGGUCGUGGAGCAGUGCGUUCUUGAGCCUGACUGACAGGCGUGUCAAGAGCCAUUGAACUGCAGUCGGUUGAUACAUUUAAGUUCUCUGUAAAGUGUAAAAACCUCACAUUUAACUUCAUGUUUCAUGUACAGGCGGAUUGUACCUCAGAUGCAUUUUUUUAAAGAAUUGUUUCCAAGUGGGUUUUAGUUCUAAGGUAGUGCCUAAUUUGUUUAACCAAUAAUAUUCUCGGGAUUUGUAACACUUACGUGAUCAUACAGAAUAAUAUCUUCUAGCUAUUACGUGUCAGACAAGUUACUAUUUUUCUGAUGCCAAUUCUGACAACUACUUUUCAUGUCAAGUUAUCUACUGUGCCCACAUGUGUUCAAUUUAAGUUGUUCCUCUAAAAUAAAUCCAGCAGAUGAUUCUUAUAAUGACUAACUGUAUGUUGUCAUUAAAUUUAAGCUCUGUGUAAAUGUGAACCCCUAAAAGAUACUGCCAAAGCUUUAUUUUUGAUGAUUUUUGGGUAGAAUCAAGUCUGAACAAUAAAAAUCCUUAAGAUCA